AUUGUCUGCCCCCCGCCCUCCCUCGGCUUGUCAGGAAGCAAGCUGAUUGGCCGAGGCCUAGCAAAGAGUGCCCGGGGAUCCAAAACUGCAGGCCGCACUUAGCUUACCGUCAAAAAUAAACCACAAACAAUAAUAGACAAAACGGAGGAGGGGGAGGAAACACCAAAAGAGUCCGAAGACGACGUUAUCAGAAGGAUCAAUCGCAUUGAUGGGAAGAACAACGACGAAAAAGCUGUUUUUAUUUUAAGGGUCUGCACAUCAAAUGUGAAGUUUUGGGGCUAUUUUCGUUCUCCCGGGGUUAAACAUGGAUCAAGGAGGCGGUGUGUUGGAGUUACACACACAGGAGCUGAAGAUGCCCCAUGCUAUGAUCAUGCAAGACUUUGUUGCAGGGAUGGGUGGCUUGGCACACAUUGACGGAGAUCACAUUGUGGUGUCUGUGCCCGAGGGCAUGCUCCUCUCUGACGUGAUGACUGACGAGGGCAUCCUCCUGGAGCACGAGCUUGAGGUGGAGGGCCUGGAAACUCACGUCGUCGAAGGCCUGGAAACCGAAGUAGUCGAAGGUUUACACGCAGAUGUCGAGGGACUGGAGGCGGAGGUGGUUGAAGGGCUACAGACACAUGUGGUAGAGCUGGAGGCUCAGGUUGUGGAAGGCCUAGAAGGAGAAGUCGAGGUGGAGGGUCUGGAAACUGAAGUUGAUGUGGAGGACCUGGAAGCUCAUGUUGUUGAGGGCCUUGAGGAGGAAGUGGAAGUGGAGGGCUUGGAAGCAGAGGUUGUGGAGGGUCUGGAGGUGGACGUAGAAAGCCUGCAGUCUCAGGAUGUAGAUGGCCAUGAAAUAGGUGGGGAGGACAUGGUGCAUUCAGAACACAGUGUGAUCAUGCCGGAAAACAUCCUGGGAACAGAGGUUGCAAUAGAGGAAGCUUUGGAACACCACCAUGUGCUAACCUCGGACCUUAUCCAGGAUGCCAACCACCAUGAUGACAUGUCAGACCAGGUGUUUGUAGCAGAGCUUCUUUCGGACCACCAGGAUAACACUCUCGACCACCAACUUGUCGCAGAGGGCUUGAUGGUGACAGAGGGUAAUGCGGAGACCAUCAUCCACCAACAACUUCCAUCUGAGGCUGUUCCUCUGCAGAUGGAUGAGGAUGAUGACGGGAGAAGCAGCUCUGAAGAUUACCUCAUGAUCUCCUUGGAUGAGGUUGGAGAGAAGCUGGACAUAGGAGACACUCCUCUAGAGAUUAGCACUGAGGUGAUGGAAGACAAGGAGUGCAAGGAGGAGGACGGCGCAGAUGUCAUCAAAGUCUACAUUUUCAAAGCUGAGGCAGAUGAUGAUUUGGGUGGGACAGAGGUGAUAACUGAGGAUGAUUACCAAAAUGGCCACCCUGACCGUGAAGCUGCAUCAUCAGGAAGACUCGGAGUUGGGCGUGACAAGAUGGUCUACAUGGCAGUCAAGAAGCAGCCCAAAAUAGAAGAGGACGAUGAGGAUGACAGUGAUGAUGACAUCAGUAAUUCUAUAAAUCAGGUGAAAAAUGGCACAGCGACACCCUUUCUUCAAAUCCGAGAAGGUUUGGCCACAAACCGUGUCCUCAAACCUAAAGCCAAGAAAAAGAAGAAAGGGGACAUUCGGCAAUGUCAAACUGCUGUCAUCAUUGGGCCUGAUGGCAUGCCCCUGACAGUCUACCCGUGCCACAUUUGUGGAAAGAAGUUCCGCUCACGAGGCUUCCUCAAAUGCCAUAUGAAAAACCACCCGGACCACCUCCUAAAGAAGAAGUACCAGUGUACAGACUGUGACUUCACCACAAACAAGAAGAUCAGCUUCCACAACCAUUUGGAGAGUCACAAGCUGCUGAGCCACAACAGCGAGCGCUCCCCAGAAUACACAGAGUACACACGGCGCUAUCAUGAAUCCAGCCCCCUGGGUUCUGACAAACUCAUCGUCAAGGACCGCGAGCCCAAGCUGCAUCACUGCAAGUACUGCGACUACGAGACUGCAGAGCAAGGCCUGCUCAAUCGUCACCUGCUGGCCGUGCACAGUAAGAACUUUGCGCACGUGUGCGUCGAGUGCGCCAAAGGCUUUCGCCACCCAUCCGAGCUGAAGAAGCACAUGCGGACCCACACGGGUGAGAAGCCCUAUCACUGUCCGCACUGCGAUUUCCGCUGCGCGGAUCAGUCCAACUUAAAGACUCACAUCAAAAGCAAGCAUGGCGCAGAUCUGCCCUUCAAGUGCAGCCACUGCCCACAAGCGUACGCCGACGCGCGGGAACUCCAGCGUCACAUAGAGAUGGUGCAAGGCCACAAGACGCACCAGUGUCCACACUGUGAGCACAAGAGCACCAACUCCAGUGACCUAAAACGACACAUCAUCUCAGUGCACACCAAGGAUUUUCCUCACCAGUGUGACGUGUGCGAGAAAGGCUUUCACAGGCCCUCGGAGUUGAAGAAGCACGCUGAGACGCACAAGGGCAGCAAGCUGCACCAGUGCCGACACUGUAACUUCAACGCUCCUGACACGUUCACCCUGAGUCGCCAUAUUCUAUCCCUUCACACCAAGGAACUUCCAUUUAAGUGCAAGCGCUGCCGGCGAGGCUUCCGACAACCGGCGGAGCUGAAGAAGCACAUGAAGACGCACAGUGGUAGGAAAGUUUAUCAGUGCCAGUAUUGUGAGUACAACAGUACGGACGCUUCUGGCUUCAAGCGCCAUGUCAUCUCCAUUCACACCAAGGACUACCCCCACCGCUGCGACUACUGCACCAAGGGCUUCAGGAGGCCUUCGGAGAAGAGCCAGCACAUAGCCAGACACCACAAAGACAUGCUUAUGUAACGUCAUCACACUUGCGCUCAAUCCUCCCCGGUUAAUCUGUGUCACACACUCGGAGGUCAUUUUAGUGUAUCAAAAAUUAAAUGGUAUAGGCUGUUGAAAGCAACAACAUUAUAUUUGCUGUUACUGUAUUGUAAUGGGUGUAAAACUCCUAAUGCCUGAACACAUUUUAGAUGGGUGAAAUCUUUAAAAAAAAUAAUAAUAAUAACAGUGCGUACUGAGUGGGACAAGCGUAAA